AUGUCGGAUGUCAAUGUUGCCUUUUGCUAUAUGCAGAUAUCUCAUAACGCCAAUCCGCCGCUCAAUCUUUACAGUCAACUCGUUUUUAAGGGCGUUAGAACUCCCGCAAAUUUCAAGUCCCUCACAAGUCGGAUGUCAUCUCCGGUCCUUGAUCUUGAUGGCAGAUCUAUUCCUCAGGAGCAAAUCCUUGGUUAUGGCAGGUCUGGACUGGUGAUUCGUGUCGAGGACACCGCACUCAAAAUACCUUUACGAUACAUCAGGAGCAGCGACGACGACGUUGAGAUAAAUACUGAAGUUAUCCAACGGGAACAGGAGGUCUAUCGACGCUUGGGACGAUGUGAAGGCGUUGUGGCCUGCCUCAAGGUCUCGGAAAAAUCUACUCAGCUUGCUCUAAUGGAAAAUGGGGACCUCCGCUCCUAUAUCGCCAAAAACCGGCCGUCGAGUCUGCUUCAGCUCUCCUGGUUCCGUGAAGCUGCUCGUACCCUUUCACGUAUACAUGAUCGUCGCGUCAUUGUUGCCGAUAUCUCUAGUCGAAACUUCCUCCUCGAUUCCGACCUUUCUGUCAAAAUCUGCGACUUUACCGAGUCGUCCAUACUACCGUUAUCAGCGAAUAUGGAAACUGUCGAUGACAACGGGUAUUCGAUCCAGACCGAUAUUGGCCAACUCGGAGCCGUGAUGUACGAAGUCAUAACUGGAGAACGGUGUGAGUUCGAUCUCUUUGGGGGCGAGGCCUUGGAUGGCCGCGCUACCUGGCCACGGAGGGAAGCCCUCCCCAGUACCCAGAAUGUCUGGCUUGGUUCAAUCAUCACGAGAUGCUGGACAGAAGGCGGGCUUCGGAACGCACACUGUUUAUCGGAGGCUUUGGAGUCAGCUUCCCUCGAGCGCUCUGUAUCAAAAAUGGAGGUAAUGGGGCAUAUUCCAUGA